AUGAUAUCUUCACCGCCUAAGUUUGAUAUUGCUACUCUACAAUCGCUGUCAGCGCUUGCUUCCUGCUCUGACGAUUCUACUUGCUAUCCUCGCUCCAUUGAUGAAUGCAAUGGGGGAGCACCUCACGGUAUCGGUGACCUAUAUGAAGUUCUUGAAGCCGUCAAUUCAAUUUCCAGAGUACACGAAUCAACUGACUCUGAAGCAAGCCUCGUGCUUGAUCUUGUAAGAGCCAAGCGUGAAGUUUUCCUGGCUCAGAAGGCGCUUGUAGAUUGCGUAAUACGGGAAAAUGAGGUGCUUGCGAGCCUGCUUAAAGUUCGUGCAGCAGCAGCCGAGAAGAAGAUAGAUGAGACAGAUAUCAGGCUGGGAUUUGGUCCCACGUCCCUCCCAAUCGUCCAUUAUGAGGACAAGGUCAAUCAAGUUCGCGUGUAUGCGAGACUUAGUAUGAUUGCCUCGAGUCGCAGAUUUUCUACUACAUAUAUAAGGAACAUUGUUGCUUCCUGCGUGAACUGUGGAGUCCUGUGGCUUGCUGUCAUGAAACCCCAAUCUGACGAGUCUGGAUGCAGAUCAGUUGGGAUUUCGGUCGCUCAUACGCUGCCAGAGAUGUCGGCGCUCAUCCCCUCCCAAUCUGCUGUGCAUCCAAAUGCAACCAACCAAGAUCUUACAGCGGGCAUUAAACAUCUCCAGUCAUCCAUUGAUGCCCGUUCAGAGGCUGUCUUUGUCCUCUUGGAGGAUAAAUUUGAUUGGGUCGCUGCCAUCAAAGCUUCUACAUAUGCGGAGAUGUGUGAGGGUUUACUGAGCGACAAGGCGGCAAUCCUGUUUUUGAUGCACUCCGAAAAAGGAUCAGCCGCGAAGGCUACGCUCCCUGUUGAAGCGGGUGCGAAUGCUGGGUCUAAAGUUGAGAAGUUCAUGGGAGAUAUGAAGGCACUACUUUUGGCACGGUUGCAAGAACCGGGCAGGAGCGUCGAGGAAAUGGAGAGAGGGGUUGAGAUUCUCCUGGAGCUGAAUGGGGCUGAAGACCCGAUAUGGACUUACUUCGAUAGCCAGCACAAGCACUUUAUGGACCGGAUGAGCGCUGCCUCGCUGGAGAGCAAAGUGUCGGAAGCCAUAAUUGCGCUAGCAGGCGGUCAUGAAGUGUGGCUGGCUAUCUGGGGCAUGGUGAAAAACAUCUCCAAGCUCUGCAUCAGUUUCCUCUCAGAAUUCUUUAUUCUUUCGGACACCUUAUCAAACUCCUCGACCCCCAACUCUCCCGAACAUUUCCCACCUCAUUCAAACUUGCUAACGACCGCUCAUUGGCUGGUCAAGAUCAUUAUUGAGAGGUUAACUCGGAGAAGGCGGUCUGGUGAAAGGACUAGUGGAGAGUGUGCGGUGGCAGUGAGAGACACCAACUACAUGUACGCACUCGAAGCAUUCAUGCCCAAUCCCUCCACCCCAUCCCCAGUGCUUUACCUCGCUCAUCUCAAAUCGUUCAUGCGCCACCUCGCAACAUCAGCAUUCAAAACCGCGGGUGGUAUCUCGACAGACAGUGGAUCGGGCGGGUUGCGGGUAGCGCAACAGAACGUUGUGCCACCAGCCUUCACAGCGAAGAUUAUCAAGGCAUUUUUGCAUGCAAUAUAUGCAGCUCUGGAUGGGCUGGUAGUGCUUGUCGCAGAGGAAGCACCCCCUGGGGAAGGAGGAGCUGAUCGACCUGCGCGACUCGUUCUGGCCCUGAUACUGUCAUACGUUAAGAAUACGAGGCUGCUCCUCGUGAUAUCUAAUUUCGGGGUAUCAGUUGAGGAUAAUAGAAAGGCACUAAUGAAAGCAGUGACUGCGCUGGGCAAGGCGCUCUCAGGCUGCCGCUGUCGCAAUAACCUUGCGAGAGGGAAAUCUGGACAAAAACAUGGAAGUACGGCCGCUUAUGCACAAGGCCUCGUCGAGAUCCAUGCACAAAUAAGCCGCGUCGCAGAGAAUCUUCUUGAGUGCGUGAUGUAUGCGCUUAUCGAGAACAUCGCCCAAGACACAUUACUCUCGUUCAAACAAGUCAAGCGGUUCGGCAUGGGCGGUAUGCUUCCGACACUUUCAGAGUUGUACCAUAAGAUCUCGCAGGCGUAUGCACGGCGGCCGGGAGAUGAGAAUUUACAGGGGAAUCUGGGCAGUUGGUAUUCCAAAUGCUGGAAGGCUCGCGCAUUGCUCGGUGCACAGCUUCCCCAAGCUGCAGCUGCAAGCAAAAGUGCAGCCCGUCACCCGCUCCCUUCUGCAUAUUGACUUAUCCAUGGUCCCUGACUUCCGAUGGGACGAGAUGACCCACGGAACAGCCGAGGCAUUCCUUAUCAUGGUUAAAGAUGUC